CUCCCCCAAACCCCGACCGCCGGCCUGGCGCGCGGCUGCGCCCACCGGCUCCGCGCUGCCGCCGCCGCCGCCGCCGCCGCCACCGCCACCGCUGCCGCCCUGCCGUUCCCCCGGCCUGCGGGCCGCCCGGGCUAGUGCCUAGGCCAGCCUGCUCCGGCCCGCGGCCCCGGUGCCCGCCGCCGCGCCGCGCCCCGGCCGGGCGUGGAUGGAGGGUGCCGCGCGCCCUGCCCGCUGCUCGGCGUGACGCGGGCCCCGCGCCCCGCGCCCACCAUGUCCUACCCGCAGGGCUACCUGUACCAAGCGCCCGGCUCGCUGGCGCUCUACUCGUGCCCGGCGUACGGCGCGUCCGCGCUGGCUGCGCCGCGCAGCGAGGAGCUGGCGCGCUCGGCGUCGGGCUCCGCGUUCAGUCCGUACCCCGGCUCCGCGGCCUUCACCGCACAGGCGGCCACUGGUUUCGGCAGCCCGCUGCAGUACUCGGCCGACGCCGCAGCCGCCGCCGCUGCCGGCUUCCCGUCCUACAUGGGAGCGCCGUAUGACACUCACACGACCGGGAUGACUGGAGCCAUCAGCUACCACCCUUAUGGCAGCGCGGCCUACCCGUACCAGCUCAACGACCCGGCGUACCGCAAGAACGCCACGCGGGACGCCACGGCCACGCUCAAGGCCUGGCUCAACGAGCACCGCAAGAACCCCUACCCCACCAAGGGCGAGAAGAUCAUGCUGGCCAUCAUCACCAAGAUGACGCUCACACAGGUCUCCACCUGGUUCGCCAACGCGCGCCGGCGCCUCAAGAAGGAGAACAAGAUGACUUGGGCCCCGAGGAACAAAAGCGAGGACGAGGAUGAGGAUGAGGGCGACGCUGCGAGGGGCAAGGACGAGAGUCCCGACAAGGCGCAGGAGGGCACAGAGACCUCAGCCGAGGACGAAGGGAUCAGCCUGCACGUGGACUCGCUCACUGAUCACUCUUGCUCGGCCGAGUCCGACGGGGAGAAACUGCCCUGCCGCGCUGGGGACCCCUUGUGCGAAUCGGGCUCAGAGUGCAAGGACAAGUAUGACGACCUGGAGGACGAAGAGGACGACGAAGAGGAGUGCGAGCGCGACCUGGCCCCACCCAAGCCCGUGACUUCGUCUCCGCUCACCGGCGUGGAGGCGCCUCUGCUGAGCCCCGCUCCCGAGGCUGCGCCCCGCGGUGGCGGCGGUGGCAAGACACCGCUGGGCAGCCGGACGUCGCCCGGCGCACCGCCGCCUGCCAGCAAGCCCAAGCUGUGGUCGCUGGCCGAGAUCGCCACGUCGGACCUCAAGCAACCGAGCCUGGGCCCGGGCUGCGGGCCGCCGGGGCUGCCAGCUGCCGCCGCACCCGCCUCGUCCGGGGCACCUCCGGGCGGCUCGCCCUACCCCGCCUCGCCGCUGUUGGGCCGCCACCUCUACUACACGUCGCCCUUCUACGGCAGCUACACAAACUACGGGAACUUGAACGCCGCGCUGCAGGGCCAGGGCCUUCUGCGGUACAACGCGGCGGCCACGGCCCCCGGCGACACGCUGCACGCCGCGCCCAAGGCGGCCAGCGACGCGGGAAAAGCGGGCGCGCACCCGCUGGAGUCCCACUACCGGCCCUCUGGCGGAGGCUACGAGCCCAAGAAAGAUGCCAGUGAGGCCUGCACGGUGGUUGGCCCAGGCGUCCAGCCCUACCUAUAGAAGGGCCCAGUUCAGCAGUGCAAGUAGGUGUCACAAUUGCUUUGGAAAAAAAAAUGUCAGGAGGCCAUUCUGUCUUCCCAAGCUCACAAAUACAAAAAAAAAAAAAAAAAAAAAAGCUGGACCACAUUUUGUGCCACUGUAAAAAAGAAGACGCACAAGGCACUGUCAACCCGCAGACUCUGAGGACUGGACACACUGGUGUCAGACAUAUGUGAAUUUCUUGGCAUAGUAUAGCUUCCCCGAUGUUUGUGUGACUUUUGAAAACAAUCUGUUUUUCUCAGGAUAUCUUGAAUUGAUCACUUCAUUGCCACGGUAUGUACUCUAUAGGUGUGAUAGGAUUUACUGUAAAAUUUAUUUGUAAAAGAUGUACACAGUAGAAAUAAAACGUGAUUGAAGAACCUGAGUCCUUCAGAAGUGGAAACAAAUUUGAUAUUUAUUUUUAUAAUGAUAUAAAGCUUCUAGUAAUUUAUGCAAGUUCUAUUGCAAUGUGAUCUAAACUUUUUUGUAAAUAAAUUCUGCCUGGUUUUUAUUUGAACAUUGCUGGUUAUACAAUCUUUGUUGGUUGUUUAACGUGAAUUCUUUACUAAUUUAUAUCUUAAAUUGUAAAUAAAAACAGACUAGUCUACAAUAA